AUGCCUCCACCUUUUCCCAACGGUUGGGGAACAUCUGGAGCGAAUUUGGGACUUGGGGGGCGCGUUGUAGACGACUGUAUUGAAUGCCCUUUUCAUCAAUGGAGUUUUCGAGGCACAGAUGGUGUCUGCAUGAACAUUCCGUACAGUAAAUCAGUUCCUAAAGGCUCAAAACUAAGAAAGUGGAUAUCACAAGAAAUAAACGGAUAUAUUUUCAUUUGGUAUCAUUCUGAGCCAACAGAAAUACCUUGGGAUUUGUCGUUAUCUAUGGAAGGAUUGCAAGAAAACUUUGUUUACCACGGGCAAAAUUCAUUCCUAAUUAAUUGCCACAUUCAAGAAAUACCAGAAAAUGGAGCUGAUUUGGCACACUUUGAUGCAAUUCACAAAAAGAACUUUAUUGCUGAAUUUUUGGCGCCUAAAAAUAUUUCCGCAGAACGUUUUGGACAUCACCAUUGGACGGCAAGUUGGUUUCCACGAUUCGGGAAAAGCAAGCAUUUAGCGGAAGUAAAUCUUACUCAUGCAUUGGUAAUAUUUGGAAAGUAUUACUGUUUUCGUAUGGAUAUUUCUGGCAGACAGAUAGGACCAUCUUUUGUAUGCCUGAAGAUUAAUUCUACUUUACUUGGAAAUUUUCAAGUUUUUCAAAGUAUUACACCAAUGGGGCCCCUUUUACAAAAAGUUGUUCAUCGAUUUUAUGCUCCUCGUUGCUUUGCACCACUUAUGAAAAUAUUUAUUUGUGGUGAAAGUCUUAUGUUCCAACGAGAUAUUAAUAUAUGGAAUAAUAAAAUGUUCCGCCGAAGUCCAAUCUUGGCAAAGGAAGAUGCAUCCAUUAAGAAGUUUCGAAUGUGGUUUUCACAGUUCUACACAUUAAACAGCAAGCCUUUUACAGAAGCGACCACUGUAGGGUGGUAGAUAUAAUUUUGUACGAAGAUUGGAAAAAUGUUUUUUAUAAAUGUAUCU